AUGAAGUACUUCGCCGCAAUCCUUUCCAUCGCGAGUCUUGCUAUCGCAACGACUCAGAUGGCACCAGGAACCGUCAUCAAACAGCAGGGCGUGGGAAACAUCACUAUCAGCGCGGUGGAAGCCCUUCGCAUCCUGAUAAUUCCCAGUUUUGCUCAGCAGGUGCCACCUUGCCUGCACCACGACCUAUCACUCCCGACGGAAAUUGCUGUACAAACAACAACUAUUGCAAUGACGGCAUCUUUAGCGUAA